UGCAACAAGUGCCCCGGGUGCACGCAAUAUGUUCCUCGCGAUGGGCGUUUUUUUUUUCGUUUGGUGAUGGAAAAAUGCCUCAAAUUGAGUUCACUGCAAGUGGAAAAGAAAGCACACCAUGGGGGUGUGGUCGUGGGAAAUCAGGAAGCGGAAGCUCAAUCGAACCAACAACGGUGCAGUUUCCGUUGGAAACCGUUCGCUCGGAAGUGGGUUGCAGCUUUUGCCAAUAGUUCAGUAGAAUAGUUUCGCCAGUGAUGAUUGAGUCGGGGAGCGAAGCAAGAUCUCCGGAAGUCAUACACAGUGCUGAUGGAGCGAUUCGCCUGUGUGUUGUUUACUUAUCGAUUGUGGCGUUGGCAUUUACUGGACUUGGCUAUGAUCCUCACAUGAGGAUCGGUGAACGCAGGGCAGCAGAUGAAGCCGAAGCGGAAGCGGAGUUUGAAGGAUUCUACACGGGUAUCGAGGAGGAAGCGGAGGAAGAUGAAGACGUGGAAAUCAAAUACCUGCCAAAUAUCUACGUGGCACGAAUUGUGGCCCCGAUCUUGAUUUGUGGUUUGAUUUAUUGGACAGCUAAUCUCAACCUCGUUCGGAGAGUCUGCGGCCUUGGACAUGCACUCGUUGUCGUAUGCUAUCAGCUUCUUUCCGUUCCGAAGGCCUUCGACGAUAUCCUUUUGGGAUGCGGUUUCGCUUCCGAACUUUUUUGGGCAGGAAAAAUGCUUCUGUACUAUUAUCAAAUAGUGAUCUACAGUCCGAUCGGGGACCGAUUCUCCGUCGUCAUCUACGGUAUCAUGGCGCAAACCUUUGGAGCAGCCGUUCUUCCCUGGAUCGUCAACGAGUUUGAGCAAAUCUGGGAGCAUUUUGAGAGCUUCCUCAACGUGGCAAUUGCAAUGAUUCAGUUUUUUCUGUUCUACCCCUGCGACUUCUGGACGGAGGCAUUGAAGGAAACGUUCGAAGAUGGUAGCAAGUUCAAGUUUCGGAAAUUGCUAGUCAUAGCCAAUUUUGGAACUGUGACUCUUGCCUCCAUCAGCAAUAUUACUCUUCAGUGGUUCAUCAACGACAACGAAACCCUACUUCGAGCGUUGCUACCGUUUUUCGUGGGUGACGCAUUUUGGGAUACCUUCUGGAACAUUGUCUACAACGGAAUCUCCUUCACAUUUCUGGGAUUCUUCUGCAUAUUCCUGAACACGUACCAACUGGUGAUUGCAUCGUUUCUCGUUACUUUUCUAACCGGAGCGGCCUACCUUUACUUCGAGGAAGACAUCGCCGCUCGUAUGGCCAUUCCUAUGACGGCUUUUACGUUUGGCGCAGCCCUGGUGCAACUGCUAGCGAUGUGUCCCCGGAAGAAGCUGAUCCCGUUGAUGGGAGCCGUCUUUACGGUGCUUAAUCUGGCUACCUAUGGAUACUUUGGGCUGCUCACUCUCUUCUGGAGCUCACCGGAUAUAGUGAUGGUGGUGGUUUGGGCGGCCAAUGGGUUCUAUGUGCUGAUUUUGUUGGUUCUCAGCAGGGAGCUCGGCAAACUGGAGGGUGAGCAAGCCUUGCCGGAGCGAGAUAUUAGUGGGAGUUUUCAUACCAUCGUCACGACAAUAACUUGAGAGGAUGUUUGUUGGAAAAUGUGUUCGUUUUAGGUACAUUUACUGUUUGUAUACUUGAUCUAAAUUUUAGAAAUAAAUGGUGC